AUGUUUCGCAAGUACCACGUCGACGGCGUGCAGCAGCUCAAAUCCAGCGUCCAGCGCGGGAUACGAGCGAAGAUUUCCGACCAGUAUCCCGCCCUGGACGACGCCCUGGACGAUUUGAUGCCCAAGAAAGCCACCGUCGUCAUCGGCAAGUGCGAACACAAAACCAACGUCGUGCUCGUCGACGACGAGCCGCUGUUCUUCAAUCAGCGCGAUGGGCCGUACUUUCCGACGCUGCGCGUGUUACACAAGUACCCGGACAUGAUGCCCAAGCUCCGGGUGGACAAGGGAGCGAUCAAGUUUGUGAUUUCCGGCGCGAACAUCAUGUGCCCGGGGUUGACGUCGAGCGGGGCGACGAUGCACGACGAAUGCGAGGAAGACGAACCGGUGGCGAUAUACGCGGAAGGAAAGGAACACGCGCUGGCUGUGGGUAUCACGAAGAUGAGCACGGAGGCGAUGCGGACGGUGAACAAAGGAAUCGGGGUGGAUUUGGUGCACUAUUUGAAGGAUGGCUUGUGGGAAGCGACGGCGAAGUGA